AUCUCUUCUUUUUUGUAGGCUAUAUAUCUAAGGAAAGAUGGCAGAUCCUUGGCAAGAAUGUAUGGACUAUGCAGUUGCUUUAGCAAGGAAAGCUGGGGAGGUAAUCCGUGGAGCACUCAAAGAAGAAAUAUCUGUUAUGACUAAAAGUUCACCUGUAGAUCUAGUGACAGAAACUGAUCAAAAAGUAGAAAACUUCAUUAUUUCUUCAAUUAAAGAAAAGUAUCCUUCUCACAGCUUCAUCGGAGAAGAAUCUGUUGCAGCUGGAGAGGGCAGCAUUUUGACAGAUAACCCCACAUGGAUUAUAGACCCUAUUGAUGGAACCACCAACUUUGUACACAGGUUUCCAUUUGUGGCAGUUUCAAUUGGCUUUGUUGUAAACAAAAAGAUGGAGUUUGGAAUUGUGUAUAGUUGUAUAGAAGACAAGAUGUAUACUGCCAGGAAAGGCAAAGGUGCAUUUUGCAAUGGUCAAAAGCUUCAAGUAUCAGGCCAAGAAGACAUUACAAAAUCCCUUUUAGUAACAGAAUUGGGGUCAAAUCGAGAUCCAGAGGCUAUAAAAAUAAUUCUUUCUAACAUGGAAAGACUUCUCAGCAUUCCUAUUCAUGGGAUUAGAGCUGUUGGUACAGCAGCUGUCAACAUGUGCCUUGUGGCAACAGGUGGAGCUGAUGCCUAUUAUGAAAUGGGAAUUCACUGCUGGGACAUGGCCGGGGCUGGGAUCAUUGUUACUGAGGCUGGUGGGGUGCUGCUGGAUGCAUCAGGUGGGCCAUUUGAUUUGAUGUCUCGAAGAAUUAUCGCAGCAAGUAGUCGAGCUAUAGGAGAGAGAAUAGCCAAAGCACUUCAAAUAAUUCCUCUGAAAAGGGAUGAUGCAACUAACUGAACACCAAAACUAAGCUUCAAAUGUAAUUAUAUACUCUUGUCUCAUACUCUCAUGUGAUUGUUCUACACCUGGAACCUGAUUAAAAGAUAAGUAGAUGCUAGUCUUUCAGUCCUGGUGUGACUGCUAAGUAGUGGUUUGAGAUUGGACCAACACUCUUAAGUAAGCCUUUACUGUCAAGUUUCUAAUUUAGCAUCACAGUUACACAAAGAUCUAUAAAAAGAAGCAAAGACAACUAAUAUUUUCAAGUUCUGUACUACACUGGAAGGCAUAGCAAGAGACUCUCUGAUGUAUAGGUGAAUAUAAAUCUCUAGUCCUUUAAGUGACAAAACAAAAUUCACUGUCUUAAUACCCCCUCAACACAUCUGCUCCUGAACCCAGAAAGAUGGAGACAUUACUGUUGAUCAAGUCUGUCUCAUCUGUGACCUACAGUGUCAUCAGCGUAUCCAUUUGCUUACCUUGUUUUUGUAGAGGUAGCUGGCACAUUUCCAUAUGUUUUUUUCAGUUGCUUGUAGUUUGGACUAUUUUAAAGGCUUUGUUACUUAGCUCUCAUGCUUUUUGUAGUCACCAUUCCCGUGGUGGAUAAACAGAGUCUCCUCUUCAGCCUCUUCUGUGGCCAGUAUACUUGCAAAUCCAUUACAGCUGCAAAAAAGAAUAGUUUCACUGCCAGGAAAAUGUGUGCAUCUCCCCCAGACAAGUUCUGAGCACACCUUCUAUCACCAAAUGCACUUCCUUUAAAUUAUGAUGAACCACGAUUUGCAUGAAUUGGCUGAUACCAGGCCCUCUGUCUUAUUGCUGACAGAAUUCCUGUUCAUUUUGCUUUUCCAUGGAUGUGUGUGUUUCAAAGUCUUAAGGAAUCUUUAAAAUCCAAGAAAGCUGGCAAAAAAAUAAGCCCACAGUGAAGGUUUGUUUACAUCACCUUCUGUAAGUGGUGAUGGCAGUGACCAACCAGGGGCAGGUUUCUGUUGUGUUGUAGAGCGCACAGGCACAAAAGAAGGCACACAUCUAAACCUAAAGGCUUUAUAGACCUAACAAAUAUCAGUGAGCUCAUUCUUGGUGACACCUGUUCUGAACUUUGAAAACUCCUCUGGUUCUUUGAAUUUUUGUAUCUAUGAGUGCACUGUUAAAUAAUUAAUGCACUUUAAAAAACCCCCAAGAUUUAACUUGGAUCUCUUUUUUUUUCUUUUUUACUUAUUUUUCCAUGUUUAAAGUUUGCUGAAGGAAGUUUUCUCUUUAGUGGUCCAGUCAAGACACAGCACCACUUUGGGAAACCUGACUUCUUGUACUACUGUACCUGUGAUUGUACCUGCUAUUGUCUGUCCUGGAGUUUCAACAGGUCUCAUAACAUUCAGUCCUUUAGAAUAGAAUAGAAUAAACCAGGUUGGAAGAGAUCUUCAAGAUCAUCGUGUCCAACCCAUCAACCAAUCCAACCCACCUAAACAACUAAACCAUGGCACCAAGCACCCCAUCAAGUCC